CAGCUCAUAAAUCAUAAUCGAAGGCGAAAAAGGUGAAUUUCAUCUGGCUAUUGGUUUAAGGUUUUCCACAAGCCUCCUGAAAAAUCUCGAAGCCUCAGUGUUCUGCUGGACCACUUUUUCGACUUGAUCAACAAUAUAUGACGCCUUUUAAGUCUUUCCUGAAAAUUUCCUUGAGUCAGCAUGCAGUCUGACCGAGAUAUAAGGAUUUUAAUUUUUGAUGGUAAGAGGCGAAAAAUACCUCUGGCUAAGUUAUUCUCAUUCCUACAAAAUGACAAAUGCUGCCACUAUGCUCAGCGUAGUCGAUUAUCUAUAUUCCAUGGCAUUUCGAGAUUCCCAGAGAUGUCUGUUCGAAGAUAGACAUGCGUUCGAGGAAAGCGAGCCCUGUCCGAACGAGGAUAGCGGGAGAAAUAGGACUUGCAUAAUUUUGUAGAGUAACGUCCUAAGUAUCUACGCAUACAAAACAUUACUAACUUUGUAUGUUAGUUUUCUGAGAACGGAGCUGGUUUUCCUAUGAUCCUCUGGAAAAAUUUGGAAACAAGUUUCUGCUUACAAAAUCAUGUCUUAGGGUCUUAGCAACAUGGUGGUGAAAACUGCAGGUCGCUAUCCAUCAGUGUCAUUAAGUUAUUCCAAAAGUAAGCGAUGGCCUUGUAUUUUGGGACGGAUAGUAGCAAUAAAUACAGAUUUCCAUUUUCUCAAGGUAUAUCGAGAUUUAAAACCAGAAAAUGUUCUCGUAUUUGAUGAUGGACAUUUGAAGCUUACCGAUUUUGGUUUAUGCAAAGAAGGUGUUGAUUAUACACAUAGAACAAGUACUUUUUGUGGUACACAAGAGUAUAUUGCUUAUGAAAUAUUUAACCAUGCAGAAUAUGAUCAUACUGUUGAUUGGUGGUCGUUUGGAGUGAUGAUCUAUGAAAUGUUUACAUUUGUUACACCAUUUUACCAUCCCGAUGACGCACAAAUUGAAGAGAAUGUAUUAUCAAAAGAUGCUCAAUAUGUAGAGACAAUACCCAGGCGAGCAAAACGUAUCAUUCAAGCACUUUUAGAACGAGAACCACACAAACGUCUAGGACAUAUCAAUUCACCACACGGUUUGUUAAAAAACCAUGAGUUUUACAGUGAACCAUAUACUCUAGAAAAUAUUAAUAAUCGAAGAGUAAAACCACCAUGGAUACCAAGACGAGAUCUUGCUUUAACAUCUCAGACAAUCAAAGCAAUGCUAUCUGGUCCUGGUCAAUUUGCUGAGAACGAAACAAAUGAAAUUCAUUUUCGUAGUAUAACUUCUCAUAUAUUGGCAAAAAUUUGCAUGUAUUUUGCCUAUAAAGCUCGCUAUACGAAUUCAACUGUGGAAAUACCGGAAUUUUACAUUCCGCCUGACAUUGCAUUAGAACUUUUGAUGGCUGCCAAUUUUCUGGAUUGUUAA